AUGAGAUUAAAAGUGCGGUUAGAGAGUGGUGCCCAGGUGCUAUCAUUGACCACGAAACCCGAUGCUGACCUGACUGUACAGGAUUUACUCGAUUCGCUGAAAGAAUUGGCGCCUUCUGUGUCUGAGAUAAGAGCAGGCUAUCCACCAAAACCCAUUGAUUUACAAUCCGAAUCCGGGGUUCAGGCCACUUUAUUUUCAGUGGGAAUUAAAAAUGGUGAGCAAUUGGUGGUAAACACCUCUACAGGAUCAGGUUCUGUUAGCCAAGCUCCACCAUCGUCACAUCCUGGUACUGCAUCUGUAGCAAGUUCAUCUACAACGAGGAAUAGUAAUAAGAAGUCCGAGGUCGAUAACAGAGAUCCAGAUCGGUUGACCGUACCGAUAGGUAAUGGAUCUUACUUGCGGCUGAGGGUCAUGGAAGAUGACAAUUCGUGUAUGUUCAGAGCAGUUGGUUAUGCAUUUAUGAGGAGUCUGGACUCGAUGUUUGAACUGAGAAAUAUCGUAGCAGAGGCAAUUCGAAACGAUCCUUUUGAGUACAAUGAUGCUAUAUUAGGGAGAAAGUCGACAGAAUAUAUUAAUUGGAUUCUACAACAAAAUAGCUGGGGUGGUGCAAUCGAACUAGAUAUAUUAUCCAAGCACUUUGAUGUCACGAUCUGCUCGUUAGAUGUGUCCACUGGACGAGUCGAUCAUUUCAAUCCUGGCAAAGGCCAAUUUAUUAUCGUUAUCUACAGCGGAAUUCACUAUGAUACAGUGGCCAUGAGUCCUUUUGUCGAGGAUCAGGGUACUGAUGAGCUUGAUACUACGGUAUUCACUGCUGAUGAGGAGGGUGCACGGGUGCUCGACGCACUGUCAAUACUCGGUGCAAGACUGAAAGAACUUCAUUAUUAUACAGAUACAGCAGGAUUCAGUCUAAGGUGCAAAGUUUGUAAUACAGUCGUCAAAGGUGAAAAGGGGGCCACUAAACACGCAGAGUCGACUGGCCAUGUUGAUUUCGGUGAAGUCUGA